GUUUACUUCUCUGUGGAGGCAACACUGGUGUUGUUGACACGUUUCGCUAUAUUUGGUGGAGCAUUUCAACCAGAAUUCGCAGAACCUCUAGUUAAUCUGUCUAUUCCAGUGGGACGUGAUGCGAUCUUUCGAUGUAAUGUUCACCAUUUGGGAGGAUACCGGGUGGGAUGGGUUAAGGCGGAUACAAAAGCGAUCCAAGCGAUCCACGACCACGUCAUCACCCACAAUUCACGGGUAUCAGUGUCCCAUAGUGAUCAUAUUACGUGGAAUCUUCAUAUCAAGAAUGUGCAGGAAGAAGACAACGGUCUCUAUAUGUGUCAAAUUAACACCGAUCCGAUGAAAAGUCAGGUCGGUUAUCUGGAAGUAACGGUGCCCCCGGAUUUUUCUGACGAAACUUCGGGCGACGUUAUGGUCCCAGAAGGUGGAAGGGUACAGCUAACGUGUCGUGCCAAGGGACACCCAGCGCCGCACGUGCAAUGGAGAAGGGAGGAUGGUCAAGAAAUUACGGUUAAGGAGGCCAACGGAAUAAAAUCACGGGCGAUCUCCUAUCUUGGCGAGGUCUUGGUGAUAUCGAAAAUUUCCAGAUCGGAUAUGGGGGCGUACAUGUGCAUAGCGUCUAACGGCAUACCGCCAACAGUCAGCAAGAGAAUUAUGGUCAGUGUGCACUUCUAUCCCGUCAUAUCAGUGCCAAAUCAGUUAGUGGGGGCCCCCUUGAGCACCGAUGUGACACUAGAAUGUCGUGUGGAGGCAUACCCAAAAUCCAUCAACUAUUGGGUUAAGGAGGGAGGUGAAAUGGUAAUAUCCAGCCAGAAGUACGAAGUGAAGGAGAUCAGCAAAUCGGCGUUCGAGGUAAAAAUGACGUUAACAAUACGAAAUCUACAACGAGACGAUUCCGGUUCCUACAGGUGCAUCGCCAAGAACUCCUUGGGCGAGGUCGAGAGCAGCAUCCGAGUUUACGAAAUACCGGGCCCGACCAGAGGUUACGCAAUCGCGAUCGACGAAGAGGACUACAACGAACAGCAGGGUUCCGCCGAACGGGACGACGACAUGUCGAACAGUGUUUUGGAAAGAGGACGGGGCUCCCACACGACCACACGUACGAGCGACAGGGAUAAUUCGGUCGCGGUCGACGCCGGAGUGACGCGUUAUUCGUUUUCGGCCCUAAAAUUGUUGACCGUUCCCAUUAUAUUGUUCAGGAUAUGCUCUGCAACUGAAAUGCCUACAGUUUCAGCAAUUACUCUUCUGUCGGUUAUUAGGAUUUCGUAGAUUUUUUUUAAGAAGUAACCCCAUUUGAUCGACUAGGACUAUCUUCAUUAAAAAGGUUGAUAUGCUAACCUAACCUAACCUAACUUAAAAUAACCUAACCUAUCAUAACCACACCUAACCUAACCACAUUUACAUUCUUAUGGUUGACGAAUAUAGAAUCUAUUUUAAUCUGAUGAUUUGUUAUCUUUUUCUAAAACAUAUAUGAAUAUUAAUUUUUUUCCACUUUUCAAAAUAUAAAAAUUAUGCAGAAAUUUAAUAGUUUUAAAGGUUAUGUUUAGAAAAAAUAACAGUGGUCAAAUUUGGCCUAAGCUAGUUACUUAUCAUACAAUCCUCGUAGUAAAACAUUCAAUUAUUUUAGCCUUAGGUAUUUUGUAUAUUUCUAAAACUUCACCAAAAAAUUACCAGUACAAAUAUAAAUUAUUAAUUAUUAGUUCAAAUCGUCCAAUCUCAUAUAUUAAACUUUAUGCAUCAAAAUUAUCAAAUAUGUAUAAUAUUAUAGAAAAAAUAUAUUGGUAUAAACAUAUCUAAUUAACUCACAGCGAUUCCCGUGAUAUAUUUAAACCCAUUGAUGAUAACAAGCUGACUUGUCCAGUUUGCUCUGCUUUAUUCGCUAGAAUUUUAUACUGAGUGCUUAAGGGUAACGCGAACAGGGAGGGAACUAAAGAACUUUCACGCCAGACAAAUAGGACUGCUAUCCAGAAUUUUUUGCCAACGAAAUGCAUUUGUGAGACUGGAUACAAUCCUCCAACGUGCAUGACCGUUGGCUACACUGUAUAAAUUUAAUAAAACUAAAUUUCUUGUUGUAUCGUUGGCAAUAUUAAAUUAAUGGGGCUAUUUUACUGUUUAAUAUUAGUACUAAGUUCAUUUGUUAUUGAAAAAAUGUUGUAUGUUACAUUUAUUGUAGUUUUAAUAGGAAAUAUAUUUUUUAGAGUAAUAUAAAGUUGGUAAUUAUACCGAAUUAAUUUGCCAUUCCUAUUGUUUCUAUAAAUUCAUGUGUAUAUAAAAUUAUGAAAAUAUAUAAAUGUUUAUGGUUGUUGCAAAAUGAGUGUCUCUACCUAUAGUAAAAUUGUAGAGUUAAACAAAAAUAAUUUGAAUUGCAAAUAUACUUUUAGUGCACGUUUAUAAAUUUAUAUACGUUUUUGCAUAAUCAAUUUUCAAAUACAAUUCAAUCAAUUAGUCCUCUAGCAAAAUUGUAUUUUAUGUACAGUUAAAUAUAAACAUAAAUCAGAAUUAUUUUCUCCAUAAUGCAAUGAUUCACGUCAAACGACUUUACGGACCAAAGACAUGCUUUUAGUGACACCAUUUUGUAAUGGCACCUUUUUCGUAUGUGUUAAAUUUAUUUAUUGACCACUAGAGAAAGAUCUUCUAUAUGUAUGGGGUUUUUUAAGUGUAUAAAAUGAAAGACCAUACGGUAUGUUGCCUUAUAAGAUAUGUCAAAUAAAUAUUCUAGCGUAAGAUUUUAGGCAUUUUAGAAAGAAAAGAAUUAUAAGUGUUAAAUAGUUCCUCAAAAGAUUUUAUUCGGUUAGUUUUGGUUAUAACUUCAUGUUUUUGUUCAUCUAUAAUCUAAUAUUCGCUGACUAUACUAUUUCACCAUUGUAUGUUCUGUAUA